UCAGCCACUGAACUUACGAGAAAUAUAUACUGAAGGCUGUAUUUGGUUUCAUCACAGAAAGAAAACGGUCAGUUGAUACCCAGACGACGUCUCCGAAAAAUCUAUUUAUGGCUGGUUCCGACACCAUCAUCUUUGGUGAGAUUGCUUUCCAGCUCGAACGAGUCAUUCUGUCAAGGGUCUUCCGAGGAGGCUCAAAGCAACUGACUGGUUAUACUCUGUCAAACAUUGAAAAGAUGAUUCGAAGUCACUAUGAUUACCAUGAACGACCAAUGCUUCAGAGGCAGUUAGACGAGGUCAAAGGUGAAUUGCAGAUCUGUGGUUGGAAUCACGAGUUUCAUCCGAAACUUGUCGCUCAUCUCAUCAAGAAAUUUGGGACUUUCCCGACCAACGUCAGGGCAAAGAGUGCAGCCAGGAAAAGAGGUUGGUUCGAACCACAAGCACUGAAAGAAGAAGUUCUGUGGAGGAUUCCACAGAAAUACAUCCAUGACAUGAUCAUCAUUCUCGACUGCCUCUUUUAUCUCAGCAAGAAAUAUAACAUCCCUCUCUUCACAUGGUGAGGUACUGGGUCAAAGUUCACCAGUCAAAGGGUUGGUCUGAUAGGAAUAUGAGAAGCAGAGCAGCAUGAAGAUGCGGAGUGGCCACUCACAUACAGAAUCGGAGCUUACGUAUAAAAAAUGUAACAUAGAUGCCAAUAACUUCUUUAUGGCACUUUUAAUCAGAAAUGUAUCAAUGGCAUAUAGUCAUUUCAGUUAAAUCAAUCAGAAUUACAUAAGUUAUCUAUAAAAAAAAUCACUUCUUAAAAGUUGUAAACAUGAUACAAAUUUAAUGGCAUCUUAAGAUGAGCCUUAAAAUUAUCACAUAAAAAUUUAAAGCUGAACCAAUCUCAACUUUUGAUUGAUCAUUGAUAUUAGUUUAAGUUACCUUUACAUGUACAUUUAUUGGAAAAAGUAUACUCCAGUAAAAUUGAAUCUAAUAUUUCGUAAACACCAAGCUGGACAUUUACCAAAAACACAUUUCCAGAAAAUAUAAACAACCAUGAUCAUCCCAUGUUGACCUACCGUCUCCCAAUAUUGCAGUUUCUGGAAGCUAUUUAUGGUGUAAUACCACAAUUUUGGCAAAAAUUAUUUUUCACUUACCCGUAAACAUUGGUAAAGUCAGAUAUACUUCAUGUAGCUAAUAUAUCUUUGCAAGGCAAUAUUAAAAAAGAUAUUAAUUUUCAUAUAACAAUAACUUAAUGAGAUGUAUAAGUGGUAUACAGUGCCAUGUUUGAUGACCAUAAUUACAAACAAGUUUGAUAAUGUAAUUGAUGUUUUUUUUGCUAUUUUUAAACCCAGGUUUAUCUCUUGACAAACUUCUAUGUAAUGCUAGGAUAUAUCUCCCUUCCUCGAUAUACAUGGCAGUGACACAAUUAUCAAAUGAUAGAAAUUCAUUGAAUACUCACAUCAUGUUUCUUUUAUUAUUACAAAAAAAUUUUUUUUAACUUAUC